AGAUAGGUUUGCUGCUAGCGCUAGGACAAUUUAAAUAUAAAACAAAAUUAAAUCAAAUAUAUUUUAUAAAAUAAUCAGAAUAUAUAGUUGAAAAUAAUCUGAUUCUUAGUUAUUGAAUUUUGUUUUAGCACACUCCUCACAGUUUUCAGUUUUAUAAAUAAAAAAGUAAUAUUUUUUUCCAAACCGGCUGUCGUACAUAUAUACAUACAUACAUAUAUAUAUAUAUCAAAGAAAAAAGUUACGCUUUAGAAUAAUUCUAAAAGAAAAGAUUAAAUUCGUGUGAAAUAAGUGAAAAAAGACAUUUAAAAAGCAAAUAACACUAUCAAAAUGGAUGCACCACCACCAGCCGGAGUAAUGGGACCACCACCAACAGGACGUGGUGGUUUCCGUGGACGAGGUGGACCACCGAUUCGUGGUGGCUUCGAACGUGGUCGAGGACGUGGUAUGGGUCGUGGUCAUUAUAUGGGAAUGCGUGGAGGAGUCAUGGGUGGACCACCACCAAUGAUGCCAGGAAGCAGAGGUGGUAUGCGUCCGCCAAGAGGCAUGGGCUAUCAGAGAGGAGCAUACAUUCCUAGAGGAGGACCGCCCAUGCGCGGCGGAAGACUCCCUAUGUAUGGGCAACCACCCAAGCAACAUACUGGCGCUGAAAAUAAUAAAACAGUUACACCAAUAUCAACAACCCCAACCCCUACAAGCGCUCCAGCAGAUGCAUCAACCUCACAAACAUCUACAACGCAAACAACAACGGCUCCAGUACCGACAAAUGGUAUGCCACCAAUGCGAGGAAUGCCACGCGGGCGUGGUGGUCCUCCUGGAAUGCGUGGAAGCCGUGGAAGUUACAUCCCACACUCAAAUGGUUCCUCAUUUGGUGAUCCAAACGGUAUGAUGAGACGAGGUGGUCCACCUCGUGGUCGUGGAGGAUAUGGUCAAGGAAUGCCACGACCUCCAAUGUCACACAAUGCAAAUACCCAAGUAGCUCCAGUUCCGACACUAAAACGGGGUGCUCCAGGUGGGCCUCCCGGUCCAAAACGUGGUCGUUAUGAUUCUGGACCAUAUUCGCAGCGCCCAAUGGCUCCAAAGUAUCAUCAAACUGCUCAAGCAACAUCGCAUGCAAAUUCAGGCUACGCCACAUCGCAUGCUUCCUCUCAAGGCCAUCACUCUUACCAAGAUCCAUCUCAAACUGUUGAUCCAUAUGCGCAACAGUAUUCAGCAUCAGCCGCACAAACAUCCUACAAUGGGUAUGCUCAGUCAAGUUACGGAAGUGCAGCCCAAGCUAGCGGAGGUUAUUCACAGCAUGGCGAAUAUGACCAGAGUCAGUACUCUGGAUACAGCAAUACUGGUUAUGGAAGCCAACAAGAUACAAGGUAUCAAACAUAUGGACAAGAUUACACACAGACAUAUGGGGCACCCGCAGUUGACUAUAGUGCUCCCUCGUCUGAUUAUUCGCAACAGGGUCAAUCGUAUGAUGAGAGGGCAUAUGCCGGUUAUGAUACACAAUCAUACCAACAGGGGUACUCCAAUGCGGCUGGAUAUUAUUAAAAUCUAAACAACAUUUUAUUGGGGUACAUUCUUUAAGAGAAUAUAAGAUAAGUUAAAAUUUAUAAAAAAGAAAAUAAAUGUUUAAAAUAUAAACAUUGUAUUGUAACCAAUUAAGAAAUUAAGAAAAAUUAAACAAAAUUUAAAAGAAACAAAUUUAACUAAAACACUACUAAAGCAGACAUACAUUUACAAAUUUUAGUCUUGAACUAAACUUAAUUCAAAAACUAAUAAAAAAAAUCCCAUGCGCAUAUAUUAAAGAAAUAUAUUAAUAAGCAAAACAAAGAAACACAAUUUAUUUAUUAUACAACAGAAACAAAAAAAAAAAAAAACUGUUAAAAACAGUGACAACAAUUUUAUUUUGAUACUUUUAUUUUUAUUAUAUCACAAGCAAAAAGAUAGAUUAAUCGAAAUAUUUUUUUUUGUUUGAUUUUUUUUUCUUUUUUUUUUAUUAUUUGUUCUAUUUUUUUUUAUAUAUCAAAUCAAACGUCGCAACGCUGAUAUCGAGAGAAUAUCAUAAUUGUAAAUUGUUUUGUUUGUUCGUAUUUUUUACAUCCCCUUAUUUUUACAAGUGCACGUUUAUUUAAAUAAUAUACCAAUAGAAAAAAAAAUAACUAAAUUUAAUACAUAUUUCAACAAAAAAAUAGAAGAUACAAACCAAAAAUAAAAAGGUAUGUGUAUCUAAAAGUCUAUACAAGAAAAAUUUAUCAUUGAAACAAUUUUAAACAAAAAUUGACUAUUUAAUAAAAAAACCCGAAACGGAGAGACGAAAAAAAAUAUGUUUAGGUGUGUAAAUUUUGAAAGUCUGUACAUUUUCUUUUUUUUUUUUUAUAUAAGAGUCAUGUCUUAGUUAAAAAUAUUAUGAUUGAUAAAGAUCGCUAAAAAAUUAUUUUGUAAGUUUAAUUAUAUAAAUAUUCAAUUAAAAAUUUAAAAAGAUAAAAAAAAACUAAAAAAAAAAAACAAAAAACUUCAAUAAACACUAAAUUGGAAACAAAAACUACAAAACAAGUAUUUUGUACACUUUAUUGAUUCUGAUUAUUUAAUUUAUUUUAAUUUAUUGUUCUUUACAAAUGAAUAUUUUUUUUUUAUUUUACAUUUAUUUAUAAUAUUUCUGUGAUAAAAAAGCUGUGAUACAAGCGAGGUUGAUUGCCAAAAAAAAUGAACGACAAAUAUAUUAUUAUAUUUGCAAUGGAGGCGGAGGAUAUAACAGUCCUGUUCUGAAUGAAAACUCCCGGUGAAAUGUUUUUAGGAUAAAUGCUCCCAACUCAUAAAAUGCCAACAAUUUGUUCACUUUUCCCUUUAAUGGUUGUUGUUUGAAAAUGAGAAUGGGUACUUUUAUAUGGUUUGUGUGCUAUCGGUGGAACACAUAACGUCCUAUAUCACUAGAAAGGUUGGGGGUAGUAAGUCUGUAGCUUUACACAGAAAGUUCUAUGGUUUUUUUAAAGAUGCAUAAAAUUGCAUUUCGUUGAAUAACUUAAUAGCAGGCCUGUUAAGCCUUCAUAGUUCUCUAAAAAUGAAUAUAUUUAAGUUAUUCAACGAAAUGCAGUUUGAGGCAUCUUUGAUUCAAACCUCCAUAGAACUUACCCAGCACUAUACUACACGACCUUUCCAUUGAUAUAGGAUACUAUGUGUUGGACAAAAUCGCCCAUUCUCUUAUAAAUGAAAAAUGCAUGAUAGUAGGAUAGAUUGAGAGCCCUUCUCCUAAAUAUCUUUCCCCGAUAGUGUCCAUUUAGAAUAGAGCUGUAAAAUAUCAAAACAGAAACGAAGGACGCGAUUUAUAGAACGACUUAAAUGAAAAUUACUUUUCCCAAUAAUUUUUUUUGGCUUAUCAAAGAUAACGGGGCAUUUCAGAAAUGUUUCAAAAACCAAAUUUAUUGAAAAAAAACUUGAAAUAAAAAGAAGAAAAAGCAAAAAAUAUCAGAUCCAUUCAAAUGAUAAAGUUAAUGAAUUAAAAAAAAAGCAAAUCUUUUCAAAAGAUAAAGUUAAUUCAUAAAAAAAAAAAAAAAAAAAAAACAAAUCUUUCAAAAGAAAACAUUGAAAAUAUAAAAAAAAUCUAAAGAAUAAAAACAUAAAACUCGAUUUGAAAUAAGACUGACUUGGAGACAUGUAAAAAGAAGUUUACGGUACUGUUAAUAAGAGCAUCAUGUUUAGGAUUCUCCGUUGGUGAGCUUCGAUAGGCGUUUAAAAAAAAUUAUCAGCGAUGAAAGCAAUACAAUAAAUACUGUUAAUCGAUCUCAUGAAAAUUAAAUAAACAACAUAAAAGAAAAACCCUUAAAAAAAAGUCCCAUGGGAAUUUUAUUCUCAAUUUUGUUUUAACUUAUUGGGCAUUCUUAAAUAUUUUAACUCAAAUUAUGUAUCACACAUGACAUAAAGCAAAAAAUCAAAAACAAAAUAACUCCAUUAAAAAAGUAAAUUUUUACGUGGAUAUAUUUACAAACAAACAAAAUUAAAAAUUUUAGAAACAAGAUACAAAAAAAA